CUUUGUGAUCCUCCCUCAAAUUCUCUUGCCAUGCACCAUCAUUUUCCUGGGAAAGGUCUGAUCUUUCUUUCAGAUUCAUUUCACCCAGGCAGGGUUUGGAUCUGAAAGGAUCGUUUGAAGAGACAGGAUCAAUCUUUCCUUGGGGAUUUCAUUGAAAGGGUUUGUUUGUUUUGUCUGAGAAUCAAGAAAACAAAAGAAAAGAUCAAGAUAUAAAAGAGAAGAGGAUGAUGAAGCUUUGUCCUUGUUUCAGCAAUCCACAACAACUCGGAGAUAACUCGCCUAGAGAUUCAUUUGAUGAAGGUCUUACAGGUUAUAGAGGCCAUAGUAGCAAGCUUUUUGCUCUCUUCACCUUUCGCUCACGUGGAAAAGGAAGCUCUAGGCAGAAGUACAUAACGGAGGAGAUAAAGAAAUAUGGUAACGUGAAAUCAAGUGGCAAAAUCUUCAAGUUCAAGGAACUAAUAGCUGCAACAGACAAUUUCAGCAUGGAAUGUAUGAUUGGUGAAGGCGGGUUUGGAAGAGUCUACAAAGGCUUUCUCACCAGCCUCAACCAGGUGGUGGCUGUAAAGAGGCUUGAUCGAAAUGGGUUGCAAGGAACAAGAGAGUUCUUUGCAGAAGUAAUGGUAUUGAGUCUUGCUCAACAUCAAAACCUUGUCAAUCUCAUUGGCUAUUGUGUUGAAGACGACCAACGAGUCCUCGUUUAUGAAUUCAUGCCUAAUGGAUCUUUGGAAGAUCAUUUAUUCGACUUACCGGAAGGGGCACCAAGUCUAGACUGGUUCACGAGAAUGAAGAUAGUGCACGGUGCAGCUAAAGGGCUCGAGUACUUGCAUGACUACGCAGAUCCUCCUGUGAUCUACCGCGAUUUCAAAGCUUCAAACAUAUUGCUGCAAUCGGAUUUCAACUCGAAGCUAUCGGAUUUCGGACUAGCUAGGCUUGGACCAACUGAAGGCAAAGAUCAUGUGUCCACUAGAGUCAUGGGAACAUACGGAUACUGUGCUCCUGAAUAUGCGAUGACCGGUCAACUCACUGCUAAAUCUGAUGUCUAUAGUUUUGGCGUUGUCCUCCUUGAGGUCAUAUCCGGGAGACGAACUAUUGAUGGGGAUAGACCAACCGAAGAACAAAACUUGAUCUCCUGGGCGGAGCCAUUGUUGAAAGAUAGGAGAAUGUUUACAAGGAUUGUGGAUCCGAAUCUAAAAGGGAACUACCCAUUAAAAGGAUUGCAUCAGGCUCUAGCGAUAGCAACAAUGUGUCUGCAAGAAGAAGCAGAGACUAGGCCAUUCAUGGGAGAUGUGGUCACAGCACUUGAGUUCUUGGCUAAGCCGAUAGAGGUUGUUGAUGAUACUAAUAAUACUGACACUACUACUCCUGCUCCUGUUUCUGAAGCUCAGAAAUCAGCAUCUGAUUCCUGACAAGACCUAUUCAAUCUUUUCUAAUCAUUUCCUUUUCUUUUUGUUUUCUUUUAACGUAAAUCCCAAGAAAAUAAUUAGGGCUAGAGUUUGAUGGAAUUGGAUGCAAACAAAACAACUAUUUGUAAUGUGGUGUAAUAUGGCAUUGAGGGAGAUCGCAUAAUGUGGUUCACCUUAUUAAUCUCAUACUAUUUUUUUUUUGGGUUUAGUCUGAGCAAUCAUGAUUUCUUUUUCACCUUGAAAACUAUUCUUACUAAAAAAUAUAUUUAAUGUUCUAAAGAUCGAUCUGCUACACAUUUAUGUAAACAACAUUCAAAGUCAAAACAAUUUUUUUUAAAAAGUUGAUUUAAAAAAUCUAAAUCAUCUUAAUAUCUUCAAAUUGGUCUAAGUUGAUUUAAUUUGGUCUGAAUCCGUUAAAUCAAAGUGAAUUAUAGCUAAGCUUAAAUAUUAUCUUCACCAUUUUUUUGUUGAAACACCAUUAAUUAACUAUAAUCAAGUGAUGACUUUUUUCUCUCCAAAAUUAUUUUAUUUUUUAGUAUAAGGGUCUGACUGGUUUAAACGCAGCAGUUGCGAGUGCGAAAGUUUACGGAAGCGAAUGAUUGUGGUUUCAAGCGUUAUUAAGUAUUUUGUAUGACUGGCACAAUGUUUAAAAAUUGUUGCGUUUGCAGGUCAUUUUUGACUGGUUUACCUACACAAAAAAAUAAUUAGUGAAUUUUAAUAGACAAAAAAUUAAUUAGAAAAAUGAUAAUUUUAAAACUCAAUAAUAAAUAUAAAAACUAUAUUUAUAAAUCAUAUUAUUAUAAUAAAUAUGAAAAUAUAUAUUUAAAAAUAUAUUUAUUUAACUUUUUAUAUACAUAUAUAUUAGUAUUUAUAUCAUCUCAAUAUUUAAAACUUAUUUAAAAUUAUUUAUUUUAUAUUUAUAUAAUUUUUGCAAAAAAGAAGGAAAAUUUUAUCCUCCCGCAAUCGUCCGCAACUGCAAACGAUAGCUGAAAUCAGCUUUUGAUUUUCAAAGGUUUGGAGCGGUGUAAAGCGGUUUAUAGCAUUUUUGUGAUUGUUGUAAAACGCCAACAACGGCUACCGACCGCAAAAGCUGCAUAUGCGGGUGGUAGUGGAAAAACUAAUCAGACCACAAGUUUGUCUGAGUUUUUUUUUGUAUAAUAACUUUAUAUUUCAUCAAGGUAGUUAUAAAUGACCACAAGAAACUAAAAUAUAAUAUAUAUAUAUAAAAUAUAUAAGAAACAAAGAAAAAGUUAUUAACAUCUAAGCUCCGAUUAAUCUGCCUAAACACUAGAACUUUAAAAAACAUUUAGUUAUAGCCAAAUGAUUUCUUGACAUUUCAAAAUAUCAAUUAAUAUCACUAUUUACUAAAAAAAAAAACAACGGGCAAGAAAUAAAAUGAUUUCAGGGACACCAAUAUAACCUAUGAUAA